UGUCGUUGAAGUUCGGAAGCGUCGGACAUGGGUUCAUCUUGCAAUUUCCGAUACUGCAACGGACCGAAGAAGGAUGCACAUGCUGCCGCGAGACGUCUUGCUCCAUGCAUUCGAGUACUUGGAAGCCAUGGAGCUCCGCGCGCUGGCGCUCGUAUCACGAUGGCACAACUCUCUCCAGCAGAACGAAACGCUGUGGGAAGCGCUCUUCCGGCUGCGAUGGAACCAAGCAAACUUCUUCAUGGAUCCAGGUCUUCGAAUUGAACUAUCCCCGACGCUGCAGGCUGCAUACCCGCGACCGAGCGACGCCUUCCGAUUUCUCACGCAUUGCGUCGAAAAAGUUCCUUCAUUUGCCGACAUUUGCCUGACCAACACACACGCGACAGCCUCCACCACGAACCACCGCAUUGAACCAGUCGCCUACGACAACGGACACGUCGUGACGAUGGCGCUGGCAAAAGAAAGUGUCGGCGGCAAUCGAUGUGUGCGGUCAAACGUUCCGUUCGACAUGAAUCCGCGCGUGGCCGUAUUUCAGACAACGGACAAGACUUGGUUUGUCGAUGUGCUUUACGACGGCUACUUUGAGAUAUCGAUCGCCGACCCGAUCCAUCCCACGCGCGAUGACGAUACAUUGGACAUGUGCAUUGCAAUUGGUGUGGCAUCUCCCGACUUUGAGGUGGUGGACCAGCAGCCAGGAUGGGACGACAACUCUUUUGGAUACCACAGCGACGACGGCCAUUUCUUCACCAGCGGGCAGCCUCAUCCGUUCGCUGCUACGUUUGGGAUGCACGACACAAUCGGUUGCGGCAUUGUGCGAGAGAUGACAACGCACGAUUCGACUUUGUACUUUACCAAGAAUGGCGCACGACUUGGUGUGUCGUUCGAUUUCACUUCACUGUCCACUAACGCAUGCUUCCAUUAGAUGGCACGUUUGCCUGUAUCCAUGGAGAGCUCUAUCCUGUGGUGGGAAUCGAUGCAGACUACACAGUUAGGCUCAACUUUGGCCGCGAGCCCUUUCAGUGCCGCCCGCCCCCGUCGUCCACAAAGAAUGCCUUGGCUCUCGAAACCUUACAAGCCCAACCGUGGCCCGCAGUUCCCAAGCGCCCACGAACUUUGUGGCAGCAAGUGUGGCGCACUGCUGUGGGCGUGUUGAAACACACACCCAUGACGAUAUAUUUAUGAAUAUGGACGACCCAUCCACAACACUUAAUAACUAAUGAACAAAAAUAUAUUGCUCUUUGUGUA